AUGUUUUGGGUUCGAAUAUUAAGAUAUUUUUUCUCGUUCAUUGUAAAGGGUCUAGUGAAAUGGAUCUUCGAGAACCAACACAAGAUGCAGUCCGUCCGUCGCUGCAGCUCGUUGGCUCGCUACAAGGAGAUGGAAGACAGCUCCUCAGCAGAACAUGACGUCACUGGACCUAAGACUCGCCCGGAGAUCACGCCUGAAGUAUCCUUCAAGCACGACGAUCUCCAAGUGAGACUGGCAGCGCCGUAUCAACUACAGACUAAACCCGACGCGGUCGAGUUGGGCUUCGGAAAGUACUUCACGGACCACAUGCUCAAGAUCCACUACAGCAAGCAGCUAGGAGGCUGGCAGAAACCGGAGAUCACGCCCUUCGAGAACCUCAGCCUACACCCCGCCGCUAAGGCUCUACACUACGCUAUACAAUUAUUCGAAGGUAUGAAAGCAUACAGGGGCGUCGACGAUAAAAUCCGAUUGUUCCGACCGGAGCUGAAUAUGGAAAGGAUGAACCUCGCGGCCCAGAGGUCUGGCCUGCCCAUGUUCGACGGCCAGGAGCUGAUCCGCUGCAUCACCAGGCUCAUACAGAUAGACCAGGAGUGGGUCCCGCACUCGGAGACCUCCACGCUUUACGUGCGACCCACACUCAUCGGAACAGAGCCCACAUUCGGUAUCAUGGAGCCGGAGAGCGCGCUCCUGUUCGUCAUCCUGAGCCCUGUGUCCGCCUACUACCAGACCCGCGGGGACGGCGCCGUGUCCAUCUUCGCGGACCCCGCGGUCGUGCGCGCCUUCCCCGGCGGGGUCGGCAACCGGAAGGUCGGCUCCAACUACGGGCCCACGAUCGAGGCGACCGCGCGCGCCGCCAAGCUGGGCCACCAACAGGUGCUGUGGCUGUUCGGCCCGGACCGCGAGCUGACCGAGGUGGGCGCCAUGAACAUCUUCAUGGUGUACAUCAACGAGCACGGCCAGCGCACGCUGAGCACGCCGCCGCUCAACGGGCUCAUCCUGCCGGGCGUGACGCGGCGCUCCAUCCUCGAGCUGGCGGCGCAGUGGGACGAGCUGCAGGUGCGGGAGGAGGUCAUCACCAUGGACCGGCUGGAGGAGCUCAACGAGGCCGGCCGCCUGCUGGAGCUGUUCGGCGCGGGCACGGCGGUGGUGGUGACGCCCAUCAACAACGUGGGCUACCUGCACCGGGACAUCCGCGUGCCCACCACCAGCCAGCCGCGGCCCGUGUACCGCCGGCUCAGAGACACGCUGCUCGCCAUACAGUACGGACACGUGCAGCACCCCUACGCCAAGGUCAUCGCGUAG